AUGCCAGAUCUAGAGUCGAGAAAAUCAAGCAUGCGUCUGCAGCCGCAACACGCGUAUAGCAACAGCACUGUGCAGAGUACAGAUCUUCCGGCCUAUCCACGCCGCCCACCCGUGCGGGCGUCUACAGCAUGCCAGACAUGUCGUCGAAAGAAAGUGCGCUGUGACGAGGGCCGGCCUGAAUGUAGCUUCUGUACGAAGCAUGGCUUCCGGUGCCAUUAUCGCGCAUCACAAGAACUCCUAAACGAAUCUCAUCUGGCAUCGUUAAGUGAACAGUUGGAGACCCUGCAAACAGCCGUACAUCGCCUUUCCUCCAUAGUAGAGCGUCGCGAACAUACUCCGUCAGCUGGUAAUGAUGAGUCAAUUGUCCAACAAGCUGCUACUCCGAACCAGCUGCGAGAAUCCAUGCUGUAUCCAAGUAGGAAGCCUCCUAAGCGCGACAAUAUCGACAGAGAACAAGGCUUGUCCCCAUCAAUCACUCAGCCGAGUACUGGAAACAGACUUGUGCCGGAUGUUCCCACAUUGCCAGAGAUAUCAGAACUGAUGACGCUAGUGCAAAAGUUUUUCGAUGAAAUGUGUCCCCUAUAUCCGGUUAUAUGUGACGUCGUGGCAAUGGAAAGUGCAUCCGCAAUCGCUUCAAAAGGCUACUACGAGGACAGCAUCGAUGUGUGUCUCACUCUUCUCCUAGUUGCUAUAGGAAAAGAAUCCCAUGAGUGCAAUGGGAACCACGGGCUGGCGGCGUUCCACGCUGCGAUUGCCACACUCUAUCGACUGCAGUUUGAUUUCACUCUGGAGUUUGCCCAGGCGGAGAUCUUGGCUGGCAUUUAUCUCUACCGGAAAUCAAAGGUUCUAGAGGCGUGGAGGCACAUACAUGCAGGCUGUACAAAUCUCUAUGUCAUGACAAAGAGCGACUUCCUUGUCCACCAUCCCGAGCUUCCAAGAUCACCAUUGUCCACAUUGGAAGAUUCGCUGGCACUUCCGCUGGGCUGUGAAGAGUUUGCGACGACUCAUAUGCCAGUGUCGACACGAACGAUUUACACAUUUUUCCUUGCAGAAACCGGUCUGAAGGCGAUCCUGAAGAGAAUGCCAAGUUCUGAGAAGGAGAGCCUCGCAGAAUUUCUUCCCAGCCACAGCCAGAGCAUUGUAAAUAUGAACACGUGUAUCCCGUCUCCAGUAAACGAGGAGCUAGACAGCCAACUGUCAACCUGGCUGGCUGGUGUUCCCUCCUUUCUCGGCUGGUCGCCAAACCCCGGUCUGGGGGAACAGGCAAAAAUCGGCACUCGCCUGAAACUCUUGUAUUGGUUUGCGAGAUUCUCCUUGUAUGGCGAAUUUGCCGGACGCGCUCUGCAUAGCCAUGGUGGCGUCUGCAUUACGAUGCAAGCCUGGAACGCCGUGCAGGACACCGUGUUUGCAGCCCAAAAUAUGGUGCAGGCCUUUGUUUCAGAGAAGUCUGAUCCGGAUCCUAUCCUCCAACGUCGUAUGCAAUUAGUUGUCGACACUCUUGAAUCGGCAAUGACGAAGGGCCUUGUGCAGAGGAGAUAUACCCAGGAAGUCCAGCAGCUACUUCAAACAGUAAAGGAUAGAAUAUUGGGAGAACAUCACCAGCGCCGCAGCCAAACCAACCCAAAACACCACGACAUCUCGACGUCUCGACAACAACAAGAGCGCCAUGGUGUCUGCAAGAGAAUGGACUCCACCAACGAGACUGGUUUGAGCAAGGUUACUGUGGCAUGCACAGAUCCCUCGGGACUCUUUCCAGACGUCCAAGCCAUCCUCUCGCAGCGAUUGCCAUUGAGAAACCUGCACUGGAAAUCCCCCACUCGUCCGGCUCGCUCUAUUGAUUCGCUGAAUAUCGACCUCGUCGCUUCCCCACCCGCAGAUGAAAACAGAUCAUCCAAUGAUUCCUCCGGUACAGCUGCAACGGCAGCGCCUCUUCGGCGACACCAAAUUCCGGGCUUGCGGCAAACCCCCUAUCUGAAAAUAUACCUUUUGAAAUGUGAUGACAAUGAGGUCUACAAGGCGUCGUCACGGAAACUAUUGAGGGACUGGAUCAAGGCACACUCGGCAUCGCAACUGACAAGUGGUGGUGGCCAGGAUAAUCACGAUGCCUGCGAAUGGUUGAUACUGCAUGUCUUGCAGGAUGGGGGCGUCGCAGAAAAGACAGCAUCGAAAUGGCCUGGCCGAGGAUCUACUUCGGUGCUGGAGAAGGUCAAGGCGGAUUUCAACGGAUCGUCCAAGACUGCCGUCGACCGGGUAGCGCAGAUACGCCUUCCGAAACAUGGCGGCAAGCCACAGAACCAUGAAGAAUUGGUGGAUCAGCUCAAUGACCUAGUGGAUAAGAUUAAGCAGGCAAUUUUGACGUCCUUUGAUUUGCGAGUUGCGCAGUAUGAAGAAGAUAUUCGGGAGAAGGAUUCCCAACGAAGCUUACCUGGGUGGAAUUUCUGCACGUUUUUCAUACUCAAGGAAGGUUUAGCGAGGGGCUUUGAGAAUGUUGGCUUGUUAGAGGAUGCUCUCAUUGGAUACGAUGAGCUUGCAGCCGGCUUAGAAAGCGCCGUGACUGACUAUCUAUCUGGGACCGGGGACCAGUAUGGAGACAGCUUUCUCGAUUACAGUUCUGACAACAAAGAGAAAGUAUCAGCUGCAAUUAAAGCCUCUAGAGAGAGGCAAAAUGAUGAGAAUGAAGACAUCAGUAGGGAUGACACGGAAAUCUCGCUCGACCUUGAUGAAGAGUAUUUCCCUCUCGACGCUACCAAGAAGCCAUACAGAGAUAUGAUCUUGGCAAAUAAUAUCUCUGUCUUUGAUUUUCGCGCCUACGUCUUUUCACGGCAGGUGAACCUACUACUUAAAGCCGCCAAAGCACCGUUCCUACUGCAACAAGGCAAACAGGAUCCAGGUCUGAGUGCCAAAUCAGAGGAUCUUACACUACUGGCUGAAGUCUGCGAUAGAGCAAUGGAAUUCAUCAGCAUGGCUGCUAGAACUCUUCGGUAUGAUAUCGAACGCGCGUUUUCGGAAGUCACAGAGGAAAUCAGCAGCGCAAAAAAGACGGCUAUUCAAAAUGACUUGGUUUCUUCAUGGACAUAUGCAGCAGCCUGUCAAAUACUAUCUCAAACAGUUACACCUUCCCUCGCUCUACCGGAGUCACCAUUGCGAACAACUGGAGGCUCGACAGCGGCAGCUGACGCCAGAUCUAAUGUCCCAAAACGAUCCAGCUCGUUAAUGACAAGUUCUUUUGCUGCUGCUAGCACCAAGCAGCCGUUGCCAAACAUAACGGGCAUCGAAGAUCUCGCUUCUGGCCGAGGCGAGCUAUAUCAGUUAGGCCGAGGAGUCCUCGAAGAGAUGGGCAGGCGUCGAGGUUGGGCCCAUAAAUGGAGCGAUCUCGAGCUACUCUUUGGCGAUUCCAGUUCCGCCGGAGAAGAUAUGGACGAAGUUUCACUUGAUGACGAUCAACCAAGCGAAGAAGAAGAAAUUAGUCGAGACUCGACUCCAGUCUUCUAUGACACUGAUCUCUACUUGCCCGGAUUGCGAAAUGCAUUCUCGUCAAGAAACAAAUUCCACCUUCAUUUUGAGGUAUUCACAGAUCAAAUGUUCCGUCAUUACCUUGCAGCCAACCAAGUCAGGUUCGCCAAGGCCGCAAUGACAGAUAUCGCUGUACUCAGAUUUCGGCAGAAGGACUUUAAAAGCGCGUCUUUUUUCUUCCGGCAGAUAGCUCCGUUUUACGAAAGUAGUCAUUGGACACCGCUUGAAGGCGCGAUUCUGGAGCUGUAUGCUCGGUGUCUGAAGGAGCUCGACAGGAAGGAUGAAUAUGUGCGCACUUUGCUAAGAUUGUUGUCACAGUAUGCGUCAUAUACUCAAUCCUAUCUUUCUCCUAGCCAGAAAGCAUCUGUUGCUGCAUCUGAUACAAGCGUUGAAAGCAACGUGAGCCCUUACAUUGAAGAAUUGUUACAAGCUUCAAAGGAUCUAGCAAAGGAAAUUAAUGUCCCUCUGUCCAGCUUCUUCGGGGGCAUUGUAAUUGAGCCUGAGAUCAAGCAUUACGAGGAUAAAGAUGGAUUCCAGAUGCACAUUAAAUUACGAUUCUUAUUGGGUAAGGACCUUAUAGCAGAGUCCAUCAAAGUCAGAUUAGUCGGCGCGACGGGGACUCUUUCAAACGAUAUUUGGCUAGAGAACACCGGGGAAACUGUCAUCAAAUCAAGGACUUCGAGGUUGUCGAUUGAUUCCGCGACAACUCUACAAGGGAAGUUUUUCGUUGAUCGAAUAGAGAUCCGUUUUCAGAACUUGGUCUUCACACAUGCUAGUGGAAAUGGUGGUAACAGUAGUGGCUCUUUGAGUCUUCCCAGUCUCAAAGAACUAGAAUCCGCGGAGGAAGAAGAAACCAGACCAUGCAUAUGGUGCUAUCCAUCAGCACAUGGUCUUGAUGCGAGACUUGCAGCUCCGCAUCGAAUCAACUUGGAGGAAUUGCGAACACUCGAGAUUGAGCUAGACAGCGGACGAAACAAUGUUUCAAAAGGUCUGCUCCGGAUCCGGCCAGCAACCGCCGGGCUUCGACUACGCACUUCAGAGAUUACUGUAAUUGCUGGAGAUAUUGAAAUGACACCGAAUCCGGAAUCCGGAUGUAUCGAGUUUGUCGACCUUGCGCGAGACACGUCAAUACGAUUCCGUGUUCCUUACACUGUCGAUGAAAAUCAUACCACGCUGUCUGCGAGGCUAGAAGUCGCGUAUGAGACGGGUGCUGGUCGGUUUACAUAUAUUUCUACCAGUUCGUUCAUAUCGACAUUACCCAUUAGUGUCAACGUGCAGGAUAUUUUCAGAGAUGAUGUCCUGCUCUCACGGUUUACCGUGAGCCCGGCAACGCUAGUUCCGCUUCGAAUUCUCGGCUGUGAUAUCCCUGAAUCAGAGACAUACAAGGUUGAAAGUGGCGUGAAGGGGCCUCUAGCUUUCGACGUGUUUCCGAAACAGCCAGCUUCGAUAAUGUACAAAAUCAGACAGAAAGUAAACCAAUCAGCAGCAGCCACUUCAUCGGCAAACUCGACGGCAAAGCAACAUUCUCUACGACUGACCGUGUGGUAUACAUGCAUCGAUGAUGAGUGUCUGUUCCUGGUCAAGCAGAAAUUCAGCGAAGCUCUCGCACAAAGCAAAUACAAGUCUUUGACAAGACUAUUAACGCCCCAUAUUGUAGAGGCCUUUCGAGGACAAUUGUCAGCGUCAGUUAUGGAAAGUAUAAGUCUAAUACGAGAAGUGGAAAUGCUACCAUAUGAUGAUGUACAUUGGGACACAGUACUGAAGGGUUUACAAGAGCCACUCGGCCAGGAGGUCCAAACCUGGCUCAGAGGGUGGCAUCAGGAAAACCCCAUACUACCUUUGGUAGAGGAUAAUGAAUCCCUGCUUGCUCGCCACAUCGUCAUCUCAGUUGAAGUUCCUGAAAUCCAGGUAGUCCACACCGCGGAGCUGCGCCUCUUUACUGAUUCCGAAGCUACGACGACAAUAACACCCCACGCAGCCGUAGGACACAUGGUACCGGCAGAACUCACACUGCGACAUACACGUAGAUGGUGUUCUCAGCAGAGCGAAAAACAAGAUUCUUUUGAGCACCUCGAAUUCUCGUACGAAAUGCACGUCAAUCAAGACCUCUGGCUUCUCGGAGGACGGCGAAGAGGCCAUUUUACAGCGCAAGAAGGCGAAGUCAAGAAAUUCGCUGUUAUGCUUUUGCCGCAGAAAUCGGGACAUUUGCUACUACCAACUAUUGAAAUCAAGACCUUUGUCGUGGGUGGGACUACCCCAGCUACAGCUUCCGCUACGAAUACCCCUACCCCAACUCCGACUACGAACAAUAUGCCAUCCAUCAUCGCUGUUAGCCCGGCUGCGACGACGGCGCCGUGGACACAGCAGCGACGUCAAAUACCCAAUGAGGUGGAUUAUAAGAAUCAUGGCGAGACGUUGCUAGUGCUGCCGGACCUGCGAAAGACGACUGUGAGCUUGGAGUCGGGGAAUCCGGGGCUGAUUGAGUCGGAGGCUCGAAUUGCGGCGUAG